CCAAACAUACACCACCUGCCGCGCUUCUAUUUCUAACAACGAGAUUGAUUGUCUGCAAUUUCAGUAAUUCGAAUGUUUAGGUGCUACAAGGUAUGGCAGUCUAGUCCUGUUUGUUUGAGAACCCACCUGGCAAUUGGAGAAAGCGAUACUUUCUGCCGUGUCUGCGAACUUUGAAAAGCUAAGAGCUCGAUCUUCAGGUAUGUAGGAGAGCCCAGCGUCUCAGCAAUUCCUGGCACAACAAUGUUGUUUGUAGGACUUUGUCAGUGAUUUCGGCAUGAGAAAGCUGGGCUUUUUGUCCUGUCUGAUGGUUCUAUUUAGAAGAGGAAAGCCUCGCCAGGUGGGAAAUUUCAUCUUGGGAGCUAUUCUUGGAUUGUUGAUCCACAAGCUGAUUCCGCGCGAUCCGGAUAAUCCACCUUUGUCCCGUGUGCCCAAAGACGAUGUAGCCAAAUCAAGAUGGGAAUAUACUGUAGCAUUUGGAAAAUUAGAGGAAACACCUCUGGCGGAACCCGCGAGAAAUUUAUCCCAGCUUCUCGUAGAUGCCAGAAGACCGAGAAGAUUAUCAAGUCGCAAGAAAAUAUUGCGUCAUGCGAAUGACGAGGUGCGGAUGUUCAAGAUGCUGAGUCCACUGGUCUAUCACACAAAUGAUGGGUUAUCUGCUGCAGCUGCAUCAACGUGGUUCCAGGACUUCGCUCCUGAUUCACGAGAUGUAGAGUUAUUUGGACCCCAGAUUCUGGGUACCCUUCUUCGGCAAAUGACAGGAGUUGGAAGUUUGAAAACUCACGUUGUACAGAAGCCGUCACUGCCUACUGCUAGUGGCGUGUCACGCGUGGAACAUUUCGUCACCAUGUUAGAGAGUGUGUGUGAUUCUGUCACGAGCAUUGCUGAAGCCACGGCUAGUUUGAAUAUCCGAUCACUCCCAACACUGUUGGCGUUCAAGUGGUUUGCGCUGACUCAUGACACUUCUUACAUUCACCUCGAGAAGAUGGCGGAGUUCCUUAGCCACGUUGAAAGCACUGGUCCAGUUUGCCUAGCACGCCCCCGCCCACAUACAGCAAGGGUGAACGGUAUGCGAGUUUGGUCCAGUCAACCAGGCUUCCUACUAAAUCAGCGAGCAGCGGCUACAUUGUGUCCAUACUUGCCCCAGUUCAGCAAGCACCUGGUCAACUCGCUUGACAAGGAGGCCACCUUCUCAUCUCUGUUGCUUAGCGCUGGUGUGAAUUGCUCAUCGCCAGGCUCUGAAGAGGACGACCCGUACUUCGUGGACCUGCAGAGCGUUCAACGUUCUCCCAGUGCCCUCGGCAGGGAAGCACUAGAGACUAUCCCCGGUCUUCGCAAUGGACUCAUCUUCUCUGUGAAAAGUGAGUUGGAAAUGUAUCUCCUGCGCAAGAGUGUACACCUGGGUGAAAUGCAGCUUCUGGCACGGAAAGUACGCACUGCGUACGAUACGUUGCAAAACAUGCAACAAUACAUGCGGGAGCAUCCCCUAGCUCUAACUGAGAUGCAAACGAAAACAAGUACUAUUGUUGUAUCCGGCGGUAAGAUUGAGCCCAGUAGCAGUGAUCAGGACAUUGUUUGGAUGAGUAGUGAUCCCAUGUACCAGCUAUCGGCCAAUUUCAAUGGCCUGGCGGGCCAUCAGCGUGCGUCAGCUUUUGCCAAGGACGUUGAGAGGCAGCUGGAGGUGGCCUGUCAGCACUUGUCGAAGCAGGAGGAUUCUCUGCGCUGCGUGAGCAUGGUGUCAGCGUAUGUGCGUUUCCGGCCUGGCGUGGGUCUGGAGUACAUGUACAAUUUGCUAGCCAAGUCCUCGCAGGUCUCUGCCAACAAUGCCAAGCCGCUUCAUCAGACUGUGCAGAUUGUGCGCCCACUGCAAAGUAUCAAGGUUGUGUCGGUGUAUGAGCUGGACACGCAGUCUAGAAUGUAUGUGAUUGUGCCGCUGGUCGCGCACUCGCCGUUUUUCAAGCAGUUCAUGGCAAUGUAUGAGCGCAAGGUCUUGGCACUGGAAGGUAAUGUAGUGCUGAUUGUUGCGCACUUCCCGGAUGUGCUGGCGCCAGACAACGAGGCUGCUGGCAGCAAAGGCGUUGCAGAUGCGCGCACUCUGCUGUCCCUGUACCAAAGCAAAUACAAGGACGCAGAGUUUAGGUGGGUUGACGUCCCAGGUAAAGUGAGUAAUGCUGCAGCAGCUGUGCGUGCUGCGCUUCAGGAAGUAGGGGAUGAUGCGGCCGUGUUUGUUACCCAUCUUUCCUUCACGUUUAGCAUGCAGUUCCUUGGAAGAUGUCGUGUUACGGCUAGACCCGGCCAUCAAUCAUAUCUACCAAUGGCACAGGUGGCAGCUACUGACGGCUCGCCAACAUUAGGCAGUCAUUGUAAGCUACAAGAAGGCAUCUGUGCCUUUAAGAGUGACAUUGUUCAAUCUGGCUGGCUGACCGCCAGCUCUUCGUCGUCAUCCUCUGCAUUUAGUAUUGAUAGUCUUUCUGCUGCCUUGAAGGAGCGUCUGCACCUGGUGCAAGCUGUAGACCCUGACUUAACAUGUUGACAGCGCUGGAAACGUUGUUGGUAUUAUAUUGAACUUUUUUUUAAGUACUGCUCAAUCAACCCUGGCUUGGUUUUUUUAUCAUAGUCCCCUGCCCCUGUCUUGAAUUAGAACAGCCUCUGCUGCUGCUACCGCUCCUACUGUAUAGAGGAGAUUGCCAUUGUCUUCUUUAGAUUAUUUGCUUGAAAAAUCGCUGUAGCAACUGACCUAUGUCUGAUUUGCGACCUUCAACUUCCAUUGCCUUUCUGUCGCAUCUUGAUUCAUCUCUUUUUGCUUCUCAGCCCUAUAUCGCUCUCAUUAUCAGCCCGGAUCCCGCUGUGUGCUUGCCCGGCCCUUUGCUGUGGCAUUGCAGAUUUUAAUAAUUUGCAAUUCCUUGA